AUGAGGUGGUGGGCAGAAGAAAUCAGGAUGACCAGCUCUGACGUCGACUCCCUGCUAGAGGCAUACCGCACCCGCAGGUGGACAGUGAGACAGGUCACCACGGCCUUCCUCAAGAAAGCGGUCAUAAUGAACCAGCUGACAAACUUCACGGCCGAGUUCCUAGCCCACCAGGCCCUAUCCCAAGCAGACGCCCUAGACACCCAUCAGGCCACAACAGACACCCUCAAGGGCCCCCUCCACGGCAUCCCAACCUCCCUAGCAGAGCCCAUCCCCUUGCCAGACCACACGACAGCCCCCCACUGCGGCAUAGUCUCGCGCAUCACCACCACCACAGAACCCACACCACCCCUCCUCCACCUCGCCUCCCAGCUGAGGAAAGCAGGCGCCGUCCUCCACCUCCGCACAAACACCAACCAGGCCCUCAUCGGCCACCUGGCGUGCGAGAACAACAUCCUCGGCCGCACGCUGAACCCGCUCGACCGCCGCCUCUCACCCGGCGGGCCGUGCGGCGGCGAGGGCGUCGCCGUCGGGUCCGGGUGUGCGGUCCUCGGCGUCGCUAUGGGGGAUGUCGGCGGCGUUGGGUUAUUACCUGCUGCCUUUGGCGGGGACAGGUGUUACGGGUUCAAGCCCACAUCUGGGACGGCCGUGCUUGGAGCCGCGGACAGCAGCGGCGUGGGGCCGCUGGCCCGCAGCGUGGAGGGCCUGCGGGCGUGGAUGGAGGCCACGGCGCCGGGGGUGUCGCCGGGCAACCCCGACCUGGGCAGCUUCACCGUGGGCGUCCUGCGCGACGACGGGAUCGCCACCCCGCACCCGCCCGUGCGGCGGGCCCUAACGACAGCAGCCGAGAAGCUGCGUUCGGCAGCGGGCGUCAGCGUCAGGGUCGUGGAGUGGGCGCCGCACGACCACGCCCGGGCCCACGCGCUGAAUAGCCGACUGUGCUUCCCGGACGGCGGGAGGCGGUUCCUCGACGAGUUCGCCGCGUCGGGCGAGCGCCCCGUCCCGUCGGUGGUGCAAGCGCUGGACGAGGCGAGGCGUUCUUGCGUUGCUGGUCUGGAGGGCCCGGUGGCUGUGGCGCGGGAGCGUGAGCGGUAUCAGCGGGAGCACGACGCGCUGAUGGCUGGGCGGGGGGUGGACUUCAUCCUCGGGCCGGCGUACGUCGGCGCUGGGGCGCUGCGGGAUGAUGCUAGUGGGUAUUCGCACUACACGUCCGUCUGGGAAGUCCUCGACCUGCCUUCUGUGGUCAUGCCCAGUGGGCUGAGGUGUGACAGAGCCGUCGACGUCAAGGACGAGACAUAUGUCCCCGAGAGCGACGUUGACAGGGCAGUUUGGGCGGCUUAUGACCCCGAGUUGUUUGACGGGUUCCCCGUCGCUUUGCAGCUCGUUGGGCGGCGGGCAAAGGAUGAGGAGGUUCUAACCGCCGCUGGUGUCCUGGACAAAAUCCUGAACGGAGGCAGCUAG